CUCAACAUGGCUUCUCAUAAUCAGCUUACUCGCAACCCUUGAUAUACGCAAAGCGAGAGAUGAGAAGGCCGUGGAGAUGGAGUUGAGUCUGUUGCUAGGUUUUAAAAUACUGUUCUUAGGUGGGUUUUUCAUUUUGCUCUGGGUGGUUUUUGGUUGGGGGCGGGAGUUUCGGUGGAUUCUACUUGCGUUCGUUUUGAGUUGGGGAUUGUGGUGCAUUGCGUUCGUGUUCGUUGAGUUGGGGUCGCAGUCGUGAUGCAACGCAUCGACCUUCACUUAGAGGCAGAGACGAUUCGCGGAUGCGCGGACUUUUG